CAGUUUGUCAAUGUCAUCAUAAACUUGUAACUAAUACAAAUAAAUGUAUUUCGACAUUUUCAUUGCCUGUCUUUUUGGGAUUUUUCUGCUAAAAUAUGGUUUUUAGACAGUAACGUAUUCAGCUACGUAGUAAAUACGAAUGUACGGAUUAGUAUUAUUAUCAAACAUCCUCAGUUAUGGAUAUUCCAGUACAAAUCGCCAUUCGUUUGAAGCCCCCGAGCUUGGCAGAUUCUACUCAAUGCAUAUUCAGUAAUCCUGUAACCCAAAUUGUUAUUACGGAAAGUGGACAGACGUUUCAUGUGAAUCGAGCUUUGCCUGUUGAUUGUAGUCAGGCUCAUCUGUUCAAUUCGUUUAUGAUACCUCAAAUAAACUGUUUCCUCGAUGGCUGUGAUACAUCUGUUGUUGUUUUUGGUCAGAGUCAGACUGGCAAAACUUACACGCUCUUUGGUCCAGGCUUCGAGUGCAUUCACAGUGAAUGUGAUCAAGGAAUCGUUCCAAGAUUUUUAACUGAAAUAUUUCACAAACUGAAUCAAAUGUCUGAGAGAGAAUUUAUACUUCACAUAACAUGGAUGCAAGUUGUCACCAAUAAUAUAUUUGAUGUUCUUGGAGUCGGUUUAGUUAGGUGUUGUAAUGUGGAGGAAGCUUUCCAGUAUUUACAGCUAGGUUGGAGACAGCAAUGCCAGGGGAAUUACCAUACAGUGUUUACUGUGACUGUUGAACAAAAGUGGGUUGGAACUAAUGGCACCUUGAAUCAUAGAAUGUCCACUGCUAGUUUUUGUGAACUUGCAGCAUAUCCUGAUCCUGGUCUUUAUACUUUAGAAAAUAUAUUGAAAGAACUAUUAGCUGGAAAUCCUUCUAAACAGGUUAAUUAUGAUCAGUGCAUAUUGACAGCAAUGCUGCGUGAUUCAUUUGGAGGCAGAGCAUUCACAUGGGUCAUUGGAUGUAUUAGUACAGAACCUGAAGACUACCAGGACACAUUAAAGAUACUGAACCUCUGCCUUUGCUGUAGAGGAAUCAAAAACUUUGUAACAGUGAAUUUAUUUGCUGAUAAUAAUACACCAGUUUACUCUGAGAAGGCAAUCAAUAGUGCUGAUAACAAUUUCAAUUUACAAUUUGCAACUUCACAAUGGAUUAAGUUGGUUUCGAACGCUGAAGGUCUUUUCAAUAAGAUCCUUCAAUCAAAAUCACUUUCAGAAACUGAUAUCAAUCAAGUUAGCGAAUGGCUAUUUUUGAAAGCUGAAUGUGAUGAAUGUUUAAAUGCAGAUGGAACUUUAGAUAACAAAGAUGUAACAAUAAAACAAGGCUUACCAAGAAUAGCAGAAGAUACAGAGCCUAGUGAACUAAGUGAAUCUGAUGUAGAUUCUGGUUCUGAGGAAGAUACUCAUUCUGACACAGUAUUUCAAGAUAAAGUCGAAAAAUUUAUGGAAUAUUUUAGGGAAAAGAAUGAUGAACUCUUUGCAGAUAGAUGUGAAGAAUACUUGAAUCAUAUUGACUCUGAUGAUAUCACAAUUUCAGAAACAAGUGGGUCUCAAUCAUUACCUGUCAUGACAUCACAUUCCAAUUCUGGACGUAGAAGAACUAUACAACCUGGUGAAAGCUUGUCAGGGGCAGAGCUGGAGUUGUUAAGGAAAGUUGCAGCAAAAGCAAUCUCACCAGAAACUCAAAAGAUACUAAUAGAAUCUCAUAAAAAAGACAUGGAUCCGGAACCAAAAUUAAUUGAAAGGGAGUUACUCAAAAUGAUAGAUUCUCCAAAGACUGAAGAGAUUUGUAAAAAGUAUAAGAUAACAAAAGAAAAAUAUACACAAAAACAGAUAUUAACUAGAAAACUAUCUAAAGAAAUAAGUAGUAGUCAAACACAGCUAAAAGAAUUGAUAAACCUCUGUAUUGCAAAAGAGAGGCUUAUAGAUGAUCUCACUAAAGCUAUGUCUCAGAAUACUCAGAACAAAUCUUAUGAUAAAAAUUCAGACUCUAAUUUUGUUGAACAAGAUACUGUGAAGGAAAUCAAGAGACAUGAAAUUAAUUUAAAGACUUAUAAAAAACAAAUUGAUCAAAUAAAAAGACAAAUCAAGAAAGAUGAAAAACGUAAAAAUACCUUAGAUGUAGAACUUGUAAAAGAUAAAUUAAAACUGGAUGAUUUGUCAGACACUUCAAUUGAAGUCAAAGAUAAGAAAGUUAAUUCACUGAAACAUUUCACUAACAGAAUCACGCAAUUAGACAGUAUACUAAAGGAGAAAACUAAUGAUUUAGCCAGUUCAGAGCACUCCAAAGAGAAAGAAGUGAUAUUAAGAAAAGAAAUUAAAAACUUGAGAAAAACCAGAGAAUGUUUACACGAUCAAAGAUGUAGUUUAGGUCAUAAGAGAAAAAUUUACAAGUCCCUGUCUGAUUCUGAAGAACGCAAAUUACUCGAAUGUGAAGAAGCUAUAGAAGCAAUAGACACAGCAAUUGAGUACAAGAACAAUUUAAUAUGUGGCAAAUCACCAUCUGCAUCUUUGUCUGAUUCAUUCGACAACAAGGACUCAAGAAGUAGAGGAGAACAGAUGUUGAUGGCUAGACUGGAUAAACUUUCACAUGAUGAAAUUAAGACAUUGUUAUAUAGAUAUUUUCAAAAGGUAGUGGAUUUACGUGGCGCAUGUGCUGCCUUAGAAGCCGGUGUAGCGGCUGCCAGUGAAGAGGCUACUAUUUGGCGAGCCCGAGCUGCUGCGGCUUGGAGACACGCGCAACGGGUUCGAUCACAUGCUCACACGAGACAUUUCCAAUCGUUUCAUCGAUGUUUGGACGGAGGAAACCCAGAGAGGGCCCUGUCUCUCGGCAUGACAACAGAUUCGGAAACAUCGGAUGAUGCCAUGCGCCUGGUCGACCGAAUGAAACAGCUUGCAAGAUGCAAUCCGCCUCCCAUCAUACCUAGUCAGAACCUGCGUCAGUUGAUGCCCGCAACAAAUUUACCAGUAGCAAAAGUCACGAAAGAGAAGAACAAACUUGUUAUUGUACAGCAAAGCAAGAAACACUGACAUUUAAUUAUGUUUUUAUUUGUAUUUAAUGUUACUUUAUUUUGUAUUUUCAUGUAUAUUCUUAUUUUAAUUUUAAAACUAUUGAUGCACAAAGAAUCAAUGCAAUUAUAAAGUAAUUAUGUACUUUCAUUUUUAUGCCUCAUGUAAAUAUAUUUAUGCAUAUUGUAAGACUGUUUAAUAAAAUUAACAUUAACAAUUUUGAUGUUUUCGAGGUUAAUAAGGCGUAUUGUAAUUCAAAAUAAAUUCGAUUAGGAAAGA